AUGGCUGCCAUAGCGCUGGAUGCGUCUCUGAAGGAAGUCCUUGACCUGUUAGACUUGGACAAAGUUCCCGAAAAACUACGAUGUACCAACUGCCACAAUCUCAAUCUGAGCCCUUACAAGACAUCCUGUUGCGAUGUCUACAUCUGCGAAUCCUGCUUCAAUGACCACCGCAAUUCGACUUGUCCCAAAUGCGAACACAAACCUUUUACCGACGACAUCUGUAAGCCCAAUAAAGGCAUGCGUGCCACAGUCAAGACCUGGCUCAAGAGUCAAGAGAAGGCCAAAGCCGACGGACAGGACAAAGCGGAUGCCGCGCAACCAUCCGCGGACAAACCGAUGGUGAAUGGCGAUGGUCAAGCAGGAAUGACGGCGAAUGCCGCAGCUGUGGCAGAAGACCAGCCGCCGGUCGACGCAGUUGAGACUGAAGGGACGCCAGCCGCCGACUUACAACCUUCCAUCGAGGAACCUGAUCACGAGUUCGUCGAUAACGACGACGACAUUGAAUUUCAAGUAGAACUCGACGACGACCAUCAGCAACUUCCCGUCCAACGACCGAAGAGCGCAGAAGAAACUCCUCAACCCCAAUCUACCAAAUCCUUCGAGACCCUUCAGCCGCAGUCACAAGACGCGCUCAAUAACAACAGCUUUGAUGGGAUGAAUGGCGUUGAAAUCUCGGAUUAUAUGGGUGGCUUCAAUAACAACAUGGACGCGACCCAAAUGCAGCAGAUGAUGCAGAUGAUGCAGGCCAACAUGCAGAACGGCAUGCCUUUCAACCCCAUGAUGAUGACUAUGAUGUCCAAUAUGAACCAAAUGUCUGGCAUGCUCGGCGGGUUUGGCGGUCCCAAUGGAGGCAUGAACAUGAAUGGAAUGAAUGGCAUGAACAUGGGCAUGAACUUCGAUCCCACCCAAGGGAUGUAUGGCUGGAACGGCCAGAGCAACAGUAUGUGGCAGAAUAAUAAUGCAAAUGCAUUCCCGAAUGGCAUGGGCAAUAACCUUGGUUCCGCUUAUGGUUUCAACAUGGCCCCAAAUGGCAACUUUCAGCAGAACUACGCAGGUGGUGAUUUCCCAAAUGCUUACCACAACGGCCGCGGCUAUGGCAGAGGCCGUGCUCGCGGUCGUGGCGGCUUUGGAAGAGGUCGCGGUAACUUCAAUCAGUACUCGCAGUAUCAACAACCACAGGGCUAUCAAAACGGCCCCGGUCCGCGGCAAUUCGAUAACCGCAACACGCAGUCUCACAUGAUGCACAAUGACCGCGCCGCGACGAGCGCCCACCAAGAAGACGAAGACAAUCGUGAGGUUGUCGACGAGAGUCAUGAAGAUGAUGACUUUGCCCCUGGUGGCCAAGAGGAGGUCCAGGAGGCCCUCGGUGAAGACUACCAGAAGUCAAGUGUCGCCCCGGGCACUGCUACUCCUGAGGUCGCCAUCGCUGCAGAUGCUAAUGGAACGGGUGAACCGGAGCCCGCGCGGCAAGCUGAUGCCCUGAGUAUUGAUAACGUGACCGAGGCUGCCGUUAAGAACGAGCCUGAGUCCGUCGAGCAAGAGCCUCCUGAGCCUGUUCCCUCGGCUGCGCCAGAGAAACCAAUACCAGAGGCUUACAAUGAGGAUCUCCAAGGUUCGAUGGCACCACCAUCCGCGCCGCUGGGUCCUUCGGCUCAAUAUGGUGACUAUGGGUUCCGUUCUCGAGGACACGGUAGAUUCUCGUCGCGCGGUCGUGGUUCAGUGUCCAUGUCAAAUGGUCAUGUUGCCUCACAAGUAAAGCCCUUUUCACCUUCCUCACCACUGACAGAGCCCAAGGGGGUCGGUGUCGUUGGUGCGCCAACGGGUCCUAGAGCGAUGCGUGAACCGCCUGCACCAGCGCCUACGAGACCAGUCUCUCGAUCCGCGGCGACGGGGUUCCAGAUCAUGGGCAGGGCAUCUAUGACGGCGUCGUCAAGGUCAGAAUCACGGGAUGUUGACAGAGCUCAUAGCAAAUCACCCGAUCGAGAGAGCAGAGACCAUUCGAGACGGCCGUACAAAGAGGAAAAGUACCGCAGUUCGAGGCGUGAAACCGAGGCCCAAGACGAGAGGGACCAUCGCGAUCAGGAUAAGCGAUCCAGGAGGUCGUCAAAGCGAGACACCCACGAUGAAUACGAGCGGGAUGACCAGGAAUCUUCUUAUGCUCCAUCUGAGUCGGCAGAUUACAAGUCUUCCUCGCGCCGCAGUCGAAAUGAUAAGGAAAGACCGUCCAAGCAUUCCUCGCGCUCACGACGGCAUCACGAAGAAGAUGCCAGCGGCGACCACGAGAUGGACGAUUACGAAGACUCGACGCGGUCAAGCCGAGACGCAUACGGCGAAAGCAGAAGCAAACACCGAAGCACCAAAUCGUCCAAGUACGAUGACCGGGAGCGAGAGCGGGAGCGAGAGAGAGAGCGUGAUCGCGACCGCGACCGUGAUCGAGACCGAGAUCGAGAAAAGACCCGAGACCGGGACCGCGAUAAGGAGCGAGAUCGCGAAGACCGACAUCGAGACCGUGAUCGCGAUCACCGAAAACGCUCCCGCCACGACCGCCACCGCGAGGACAACGCCGACUACGACUACGAUUACGAGCAACAAGAAGAAACUGUCGAGGAAUCCGAGUCCCGACACCGCUCCCGUCGCCACAAGAAAGACCACCAUCGCGACACGUCGGAGCAUAACGGCACAACAAACUCCACCGCCCUCCCCAAUGGCCGUUCUCAGUCUCACCGUUCGAGCGCGAACGGGACGCCGGCGCCUGCACCCUCCCAACCGUCGGCGGCAGCGUCCAAGCUCGCCGAGGAAAAGGACAUGUACACCAUCGAACGGGAGAAGUUGUCCCGGGAACGCAUGCUCAAGGAACAGCAACGACGAGCGAAACAAGCGGGCGCUCCUGGAUCCGGAAGUGCAAGUACGAAUCCAGGGAGAAGAAUGUCGCACAAAUACGAGGAUGACCUGGAACGGCAUUUGGUGGAAGGGGAGAGACAGAGGCUUGGCAGUGGCAGGACGUGGCGGUAG